CCCCCCUCAGAUGAUCUCAUAGCAAAGUAGACGGAAGAGAGAUCCUCGGUUACACGUUCUCGCCUUGGAAAAACCCGUAAGUAAGAACUGCCAUCUCGUUUCAAGCGAGUGGCUGGGAGGAAGGUGAGUAAAUAAAGGGAGCUUGACAAGCAAACGCAAAAUACAAAACGACAGCCGACGGUCCGCGCACGGGGGAAUCUCCUACCCCCCCAUUCCUUCCCUUCCCCCAGUCUUUCCCAGUGGCAGAAGGGUGGGUUUUCUUAAAGCGGGACUGACAUGAACUCAGUGUGGGGAUGGCAUCCGUUAAGAGUAAGACAAGUGCUGGAGCUGAACCCGAGGAGGAGAAUGGAGAGUUGGACCAAUCUUUGCAUCAAAUGCUCAGAGCGAUAGCGGAUGAGAAGAACAAGCUGAGUAUCAGCCAUGAGAUCAGUGAAUUAGGGAGUUUUAAGGACGACCGGAUAGUGUUCUGGACCUGGAUGUUCUCCACCUAUUUCAUGGAGAGAUGGGCCCCCCGACAGGAUGACAUGCUCUUCUAUGUGCGGAGAAAGCUCUCCUACGUCAGUGAGGACAACGCAGAGGACAAAAAGGUUGAAGUUGAGGUUUAUCGGAGGGAUUCCAAAAAGCUUCCUGGACUGGGAGACCCAGACAUCGACUGGGAGGAAAGUGUCUACCUGAACCUCAUUCUGCAGAAGUUGGACUAUGUUGUCACGUGUGCCGUGUGCACGAGGUCGGACGGAGGGGACAUCCAUAUUCACAAAAAGAAGUCACAGCAAGUAUUUGCCUCGCCCAGUAAGAACCCCAUGGAUAGCAAGGGCGAGGAGUCCAAAAUGAGCUUCCCAAACAUAUUCUUCAUGAUCGACAGCUUUGAGGAGGUGUUUGGAGACAUGACUGUGGGAGAGGGGGAGAUGGUCUGUGUGGAGCUGGUGGCCAGUGACAAGAACAACACCUUCCAGGGGGUCAUCUUCCAGGGGUCCAUCCGAUAUGAAGCUCUCAAGAAGGUCUAUGACAACCGGGUUAGCGUAGCAGCGAAAAUGGCUCAGCGGAUGUCCUUCGGGUUUUACAAGUACAACAACAUGGAGUUUGUGCGCAUGAAGGGGCCCCAGGGGAAGGGCCACGCGGAGAUGGCAGUGAGUCGAGUGCCAACCGGCGACACAUCUCCCUACGGCACUGAGGAGGACCCAGACUCGCCUGUACACGAGCAGGUGACUUCCUUCAGUACCCCUCCCACUCCAGAGAGGAAUAACCGUCCGUCCUUCUUCUCUCCGUCCCUGAGACGCAAGAUUCCCCACAACAGGAUCGCCGAGAUGAAGAAAUCCCACUCCGCCAACGACAGCGAGGAGUUCUUCAGAGAAAACGAAGCCAGCGGAGAUCUCAACAACGCCACUAACCUGCGGUCGCGCUCUCUGUCAGGCACGGGCCGCUCUCUGGUGGGCUCCUGGCUGAAGCUCAACAGGACGGAGGAGUACUUCCUGCUCUUUGCACACCUCACGUACGUCACGCUGCCUCUGCAUCGCAUCACAGCAGAUAUUCUAGAAGUGCGACAGAAACCGAUCUUGAUGAUCUAGCAAAAAAGAAGGCCCCGCCUUGGAACCUCACUGCCAAGUGCCUCCCAGAGACAGACAACACUACCACCUAGUGUCAGGAAAGAGAACUACAAAGGGAAAGAACAAAACAAAAACAAACCAGCCAAAUCAAAAAGUGCCUCUUUCUUCCUUCUUCAGUCCCAUGUCCCGAUGGGUGUGCAAACGAGAGAUGCUUUCUCUCCGGGCUCAAAAGAGGUCGUCUUCUUAGAAGAGGCAGCUUCAGAAAUCAAAACUAUAAGGCUUUACGAACAACAUCAAACUGUAUUUACUUGAUUCAAUAUACUGAACAGUAUGUGCUAAACUAUGUUAAUAAAGGGUUCCCAGACUGGCCCUGAGGAGACCAAGGGUUCUCCUGCUUUGGCAGAACCUCUGUUUCCACCUCGGCUUUUAAUAAAAUCUCAUGUUUGUUUUUUCAAUUCAGUCAUGUAGGUGUAAGAUGUGGUGAAAGGGGAGGCCAGUUCAAAUCGUCUCGUGUAUGAAGAGAAUGGUAAAGGUCUUCAGGUCCUUUGCUUGUCCUAUGAGAAGGAAUUAAUACAAAAAGUGAAACUUCCAGAAUGACUUGGCUUCCGUUUUUCGUUAUUUCUAAACUGAAUUUACAAUUGAAAGGCAGAGUAUGAAAGUUGGGUAUUAAAACCGGCAGGGACUGUGUACUCCAGUGGGCGGUAGCUCGCACCCACAUGGAGCUCCUGUGUAAAGAGGGAUUGCAGGACUCCUAUUGACUCUGUUGUGGGGAUUUCUGUGGUGAAGAUAAUUAGACAUUUUAAAUAGGGGAGUGGGGUCAAAUAAUUAAGCACUCUGUUUUUUUUUUUUUUUUAUUGUAUAGCCUUGGCAUUUGGAACUUUGUCAUAUUAAGACAUUUUAGGACUGCAGAAUACAGAUAUCCAUUUUUAUAGUCUGCCUUCCAAUUCAGUUGUAUGAAAAACGACAGAAUCAUACCAGUGAAGGGCGUUAGAAAAAAAAGCACUCAACACUAUUGUUUGGCCCACACCAUACAGCAGGUUCACUUCCUGUGCAGCAGUUAUUUGGACCCCCACCUGUGCUUCACAAAGAACUUUACAUGUAGGGCCUAAAUCUUGGUGCACAAGAAGUGAAUAGUUGCCAAAAAAAGGAACUUUGUUACUUAUUGCUACCAUUAUAUUUCAGUGAGUUUUGUGGUGUAAUGUGGACAAAAUAACAACUGACAAUGAUAAUGAGAAGAAGACAGACAGUACUAACCAGAUGACUUCAGUCAACAGAAAAUGCAAAACAAGCAGCAUAUAGGACCAUUGUCAACUAUGUGUUCUGUGUUCAGGAACAUUUCAUUUUGGUCCAGAAAACACAACACAGCUCGCUCUAGAAUCUGCUACAGAACGUUUGUGCUCUUUUAAGUAUUUUGUCACUUAAUUUUUUUUUUUUUAAGCAAACGCCUGCUUUGAACAAAAAUAAAAGGGACAUUUUUAAAAUGAGAACCGUGCGCUGUGUUAGACAUGAUUCAAAUGCUUUAAUAGUGAGAUGAGUAUUGCGUUUACAUUCAUCACAAAUAAUAAAAUUGUAAGUGCAUGUUAGAUCCAUUCAUUAUUUUCUACCAUGUAUGUCUUAUUUUGUGUACUUGUUUAGAAAAUACACAAGAAAAAAAUUAAUCAAUUGUUGAGCUGAUUUUUUUGUUUGUUUGUUUAAGUCACUGUUCAAGGGCAUUAAUGUGUUUUCUGUUUUUGUCAAAUCUGUACAAAACUUUUCAUUAAGGAUCAAAUUUAAAUUAGCUGGGGAAAAAAAAAUGUUUUUGCAAAAUAGAAAUUCACUCAAUAAAAAAUUGCUUUGGGGACAUUUUUAUUUUAAAGUCUUUGUUAACUGAAUCAAAAUAAAAAAUCGUUGCUUUC